AACCGACCAGAACAGAACUGAACAGAACAGAACGAAACAGAACAGACCACACAAAUAAAUAACCCAAAUAGACAGUAAAAUAUUGCAAAUCACAAAGAUCUCCCAUUUCUGUUUUUUUUUUUUUUUGUUCUUGUUUUUCGUGUGAGUGUGUUUAAAUUUGAAUACUUUUUGUUUGGCUUUUCUCUAUAUUCCUGACGGAUUUAACAAACCGCACUGCUGGUCUAAAUUUAGCCCGAAAGUCAAAAUAGAACAAAUUGGUGUUUGAAAAUGCAGCAAAAACAGCAAAAGUUCGUGUAACGAAAUCGAAAACAACCACUAAUUUGUUUACCCGAUUUGAAUAUAAUAUUAGGCAAUGUGACUGUGAAGCGCCAACACUAAACAAAAAAAAAAACCAAAAAUAAAAGAAACUUACAUAAAAUCAAAAAGUGAUUUAAAGUACCAUCAUACUGAAAAACUGUGCCGCUUAAGACGCUUGAUAAGUUUUAAAGAACCGAAAGGGAAAUACUCUAACGCCUAGAGUAUUUAACAGACCAUUGAAAACCUGAUGGCAACAACAACAACCACGCAGGCAGCAGGAGCUGCACCAGCUCUCAACCUAUUGCCCGCCAUUGAUAACACAAAUAAUACACUGAUCAACAACAACAAUAAUAAUAAUAAUAGUAACAGUAAUAAUAACAACAACGUGACAAGCCAGCCGAUUAAAAUACCGCUGACCGAGCGCUUCUCAUCGCAAACAUCAACGGGCUCGGCGGACAGCGGCGUAAUUGUUUCCAGUGCAUCGCAGCAGCAACUGCAGUUGCCGCCACCGCGCAGUAGCAGUGGCUCGCUGAGCCUGCCACAGGCGCCACCUGGCGGCAAGUGGCGGCAGAAGCAGCAGCGCCAGCAGCUGCUGCUCAGCCAGGACAGCGGCAUCGAAAAUGGUGUCACCACCAACACCACCACCACCUCCUCCCGUCAAUCAAAAGCCAAAGCCAAAGCCAAGGACAUCCAGGGCGUGGGAAAAGCCAGUCACAAUGCCACAAGCUCGAACGAGUGCGGCGCCCAGUCCAACAGCAGCAGCGAGAGCCUGGGCAGCAACUGCUCCGAGGCCCAGGAUCAGCAGCGAGUAAGGGCCUCCUCCGCCCUGGAGCUCAGCAGCAGCGGUAGCGUGGACACGCCCGUCAUCGUGGGCGGUGUGGGCAGUGUGGGCAAUAGCAUCUUGCGCAGCCGCAUUAAGUACAAGAGUACGAACAGCACCGGAACUCAGGGAUUCGAUGUGGAGGACCGCAUCGAUGAGGUGGAUAUCUGUGAUGACGACGUCGACUGCGAUGAUCGCGGAUCGGAGAUCGAGGAGGAGGAGGAGGACGAUGGCGUCAAUGUGGACGACGAUGUCGAGGAGGCCGACAACCAGUCGGACAAUCAGUCGGGUAUUAUAAUCAACCUCAAGAGCAAAACCGAACAAGAGGCGGACCACGACGACGACGAGGUGGAUGCCAAGCCGAAAAACCGACUUCUGCCACCGGAUCAGGCGGAACUCACAGUGGCGGCGGCAAUGGCCCGUCGCCGGGAUGCCAAGAGCCUGGCCACCGAUGGCCACAUCUAUUUCCCGCUGCUGAAGAUCAGCGAGGAUCCGCACAUUGAUGCGAAGCUGAUCAAUCGCAAGGAUGGCCUCCAGGACACCAUGUAUUAUUUGGACGAGUUCGGCAGUCCCAAGUUGCGGGAGAAGUUCGCCCGCAAGCAGAAGCAACUGCUUGCCAAGCAGCAGAAGCAGAUGAUGAAGCGGGAGCGAAGGAGCGAGGAGCAGCGCAAGAAGCGAAACACCACUGUGGCAUCCAACUUGGCGGCCAGCGGAGCGGUGGUGGACGACACCAAAGAUGAUUACAAACAACAACAACCACACUGUGAUACUAGCUCUAGGAGCAAACAUAACUCGGUACCCAAUCCCCCCAGCCACCUGCAUCCGAAUCACAACCCUCACAGCCAUCUCGUUGUGCCUGUGGCUGAUGACGUGGAUGUGGACGUGCAUGUGGCUGCCGCCAGCGACGUGGACAGCGGUGCCGUUAAGAUGCGCCGUCACAGCCACGACAACCACUACGACCGAAUCCCCCGGAGCAAUGCUACCACCAUCACCACCCGCCCUGCAAUCGAUCACCAGUCGCAGAACAUCGAGGACGUCGAGCAAGGAGCCGAGCCCCAUAUCGAUGGCGAAGUGGAUCCAAAUCCGGAGCUGGAUGCGGAUGCGGACAGCGAUGGGAGCGGCGAGAACGUUAAGACUGCCAAAUUGGCCAGAACACAGUCCUGCGUCAGUUGGACCAAAGUGGUGCAAAAGUUCAAGAAUAUACUAGGUCGCGAUGGUUCUAAAAUCACAACAGUUGUUGCAACACCCGGCCAAGGCACCGAUCGCGUACAAGAGGUCUCCUAUACAGACACAAAGGUCAUCGGCAAUGGCAGCUUCGGCGUCGUGUUCCAGGCAAAGCUUUGCGAUACCGGCGAACUGGUGGCAAUCAAAAAAGUUUUACAAGACAGACGAUUUAAGAAUCGCGAAUUGCAAAUUAUGCGCAAAUUGGAGCAUUGUAAUAUUGUGAAGCUUUUGUACUUUUUCUAUUCGAGUGGUGAAAAGCUGGCCGAGUUCCCCAUCGAUUUGGGCAUAUUCGCGAGUGUGCUGAAGCCGCAGCGUGAUGAAGUAUUUUUGAAUUUAGUCCUCGAAUAUAUACCAGAAACCGUAUACAAAGUGGCUCGCCAAUAUGCCAAAACCAAGCAAACGAUACCAAUCAACUUUAUUCGGCUCUACAUGUAUCAACUGUUCAGAAGUUUGGCCUACAUCCACUCGCUGGGCAUUUGCCAUCGUGAUAUCAAGCCGCAGAAUCUUCUGCUCGAUCCGGAGACGGCUGUGCUGAAGCUCUGUGACUUUGGCAGCGCCAAACAGCUGCUGCACGGCGAGCCGAAUGUGUCGUAUAUCUGCUCCCGGUAUUACCGCGCCCCCGAGCUCAUCUUUGGCGCCAUCAAUUAUACAACAAAGAUCGAUGUGUGGAGUGCCGGUUGCGUUUUGGCCGAGCUACUGCUGGGCCAGCCCAUCUUCCCUGGCGAUUCCGGUGUGGAUCAGCUCGUCGAGGUCAUCAAGGUCCUGGGCACACCGACAAGAGAACAGAUACGCGAGAUGAAUCCAAACUACACGGAAUUCAAGUUCCCCCAGAUUAAGAGUCAUCCAUGGCAGAAAGUUUUCCGUAUACGCACUCCUACAGAAGCUAUCAACUUGGUGUCCCUGCUGCUCGAGUACACGCCCAGUGCCCGGAUUACACCGCUCAAGGCCUGUGCACAUCCGUUCUUUGAUGAGCUGCGCAUGGAGGGCAACCACACCUUGCCCAACGGCCGCGAGAUGCCGCCGCUAUUCAACUUCACAGAGCAUGAGCUCUCCAUACAGCCCAGCCUAGUGCCGCAGUUGUUGCCCAAGCAUCUGCAGAACGCAUCCGGACCUGGCGCCAAUCGAUCCUCGGCCGGCGGAGCAGCCUCUGCUGCGGCCAGCGGCUCCACCAGCGUCUCGUCAACGGGCAGUGGCGCCUCGGCGGAAGGCUCCGCCCAGCCACAACAGUCGCAAGGCACAGCAGCCGCUGCGGGCUCCGGAUCGGGCGGAGCAACAGCAGGCACCGGCGGAGCGAGUGCCGGCGGAGUGCCCGGUUCUGGCAACAACAGCAGCAGCGGCGGAGUAUCCGGAGCGCCGACCGCCGUCACUGCCGGCGCCAAUGCCGCCGUCGCUGGCGGUGCUGGUGGUGGUGGUGGAGCUGGCGCGGCGACCGCAGCUGCCACAGCAGCUGGCGCUAUAGGCGCGACUAAUGCCGGCGGCGCCAAUGUAACAGGUUCGCAGUCGAACAGCGCCCUGAACAGCAGCGGCAGUGGCGGCAGCGGCAACGGCGAGGCAGCCGGCUCGGGCUCCGGAUCCGGUUCGGGAUCGGGAUCAGGAGGCGGGAAUGGCGGUAAUGGCGGCGAUAACGACGCUGGCGACAGUGGAGCAGCCGCAUCUGGAGCUGGAGGAGGAGCACCGGAAACCGAGGCAGCGGCGUCGGGUUAGCGUGCGCAAGAUGCCCUUUAAUUGUAAUGUUAUUGGCAGGUUUUUCGCUCGGCCCUUGAGACGCAGUUAACCUAUUUCGGCCAGGAGCGAGAUGACAACACCACACAGACACACGCAGCUACACUUGAAAAAAUAAAUGAAAGCGAUGUCGGAUGUCCCAGCAGAAGCUAUGAGAGUAAAUGAAAAUGAAAGACACAGGAAUUCACUUCACAGAACGCCCAAUACCCUAGGAACCACACAACAAUAACCCCAUUCCCCUACACCUCACCCACACACAUACACACUCACACACACACACACACAUGUAUGUAUGUAUAUCUAGCUAUAUGCAUUGGGCGCAAGCAAAUAUUUAGCAUAAAAUCGAAAGAAACCCAGAAGAAAACCAAAAACAAAAAAUCCACUUUAAACUAUGCAUAAAUAAUUAAAAUAAUUAUCUGUACUAUUAAAAACAAAGAGAAAUCCCGGAUGGAAUGUUGAGAAAUAAUCGGAAAACCCCCCUCGCCCGCGUCCCAACCUUCAAUAUAGUAAAUAACAAUUAACAAAAAAGCUCGCGGAACGUAAUAAAACAUAAGUGCAAAAAACAAAAUAAAAAAAAAGUAAAUACAAAAUAACAAAAAGCAGAAGAAAAUUGAAUGAAUACUUAGUGAAAUAAAUCAAAAUUUUUGCCCAUUUAACGUUUAUAUAUAUGCCGUUAUACAAAUAUAUAACGAUCACAGCAGUUAGCAAUCCAUAGUAAAAGUAAAAAGUAAAUAAAAGAGUAAACAAUUAAAGGAGGCGGCAAAGUAAGAGGAACUAGCAAAAGGGAGGAGGAUACAACAUAAACUAAACUCGCGCAAGUGCAUCUAUAUGAGUACGAUAUAGAUAUUAUAUAAACAUAGAUAUAUAUACGAGAUAUUAACAAGAGUAGUAAUCCUAGUAGCUACCCCGGCCACUCACCCCCUUGACCCCCCAACCCCUAAUCCUAGAACCGAAAACUUCCCAAGUAAAAAAGAAAAAGAGAAAAAAAAGGAAAAGAAAAGAAAACACUCCACGAAUAGCAACAUUUUCCGUGGCCUGUUCUCAAGUAACGUAUUGCAACUACGAUUAUCUAUGGAGGCGAUCGUCAAAAUGCAAUACACACUAAACAUAACAUAAACUAUACACUAUACAUAAAUACAAGAAAUAUAACAAAUUGAGCAACAAGUAAGUGAAUGUAUGAAUGAGUAAAACGCUUUUAGCGCGCGACGCCACCCAUUAACUUAAAUAAACAAUGCAAAUAAUGAGGUAAUGACGUUUUGACGUAUUGACGUAUCGAGGUAAUGAGAUAGUGGAGCCACAAUCUUGAUAUAUGAUAUAUGUAAAAGUAAUCGACAAAGGACAUUUAGCUGCAAUUGAAAAUUUAAACUAAUUUAAUACAAAUUAAAGUAAAAUACAAUGAAACCGAUGAUGUUUUUAGUACGUAAGGGCCUUAGAUCAACCGGAAACUCACUCCUGCGUAACUAUAUAGUAUUGGUUCCAAUCUAUUUAUCCAAUACCUAUACCUAUCCAUAUACCUAUGACAGCCACCAGCCACCCAGUUUAACUGCUUAGAUCUCGUUUCGGAAAUUAUGUCUGCGAUUAUGUCCCCCCGCACUUUACCUUGCCCCAUUUCAAAAACAACUAAGUAAACAAAGCAAAAAAAAAGAAAAAAAAAACCAAAAAAGGAAAAAACCAAAAAAGGAAAAAAAACCAAAAGGCAAAAGAAAAACCAAGUCUAUUUGUAUGUAUUUCCAUAGAACUCCUUAUAUAUUGUACGAGAACAUAUUUUUUUUUACUAACUAAAUGAUACAUUUAUACAAUUAAUGAACGUUGAGUUUUGUGGCAUCAAAACUAAUUAAAUUAAACUAUAUACAUAUAUGUACACACACACUCUCACACACACACACACACGCAUUCAGACAUACUCACACGCACAUACGUCUUUAAUUUCAAAUAAAUUAGAAAGAGAAAACCGAAGAUUUUCCAACUAAAACCCAAACAUUUUAGAAAUAAUCUAAGUAAACAGCAGACAAGUUAUAUAAAUCUUUAAACACACCCACAUACACACAACCACUGUUUAUUUGUAAUUAAAUUAAUUAAAAAUGUCAACAGACGGAAAAUGACAGAUCAAUAUAUAUUCAAACAUAUAUAUGCAUAGAAAAACCAACUUAUAUAUGAUGAACAACUUCAGCGUUUCGCUUUAAUUAUGAGGCAACAACCUCAUGAGAAAUCCAAACCAAAUAAACUUAAUUAACAAGUAAACCCAAAACUAAACUAAACAAUAACAACAGGAAACCCCAAAUUCAAAGCGGAAAUGAAAAUGAACAUGAUAAUGAAAAUGAAACACAAGACAAAUGCGUAAAGAAAACAUUAAUUUAAAAACAAUAAAAAUUACAAACAAAAAAUAUA